AUGUUGUCUAUUGGGUCAUUAGAUGUUUCAUGUAUGGAUUCAGUGAAUGAAAAUAGGUCGUAUGAGCCAGAUGAAGCAAUUAACGUGUUAAUUUUUCGGCGGCAAAUGCUUUUAAAACUAAUUAAUCAAGUUAUCGAUAUUCGUGAUGACAUGCUUUAUUCGUGUCACGGACAAAACAAUAAAGAGCUAUCUGAAAUUAUCAAUUCUCUUAAGGAAGUUUUAAAACGAGUUGGGGACCUUAAGGCAGAAAAAAAGUUUGAUUCGUCUGAGUCAAUUCUUGUUUCUGGCAUUUAUCAUUUAUCAAUUCAAAUUUCCCACUUGUCUGACCUUUGCCGUAAUGUGUUUUCAGAGAUAUCAUUGGCAUCUCAGCGUUAUCAACAAGAUUUAGCAAUGGAUAUUUCAAAAAUAAACAAGGUUCCAUUAUCGACAAUUUCAAACAGUUCCAAACCAAAACAUACUACUCAUCAUCCUGAAAAUAGGACAAGAUUGCUUAAAGACUGGUUCCUUGAGCAUAUCUCAUACCCCUAUCCUAACAAGGAUGAAAAGCGCUUACUUUGCCGUCUUACUGGAUUAAAAAUAAAUCAACUUAAUAUGUGGUUCAUUAAUGCGCGAAGGAGGUCUAAUGGGGGCUUGAAAUUCAGAGAACAGGUCGUCUCUGAUAAUUUAGUACCAUUGGUGUUUUCCAAUUCGGAAUAA